AUGUCGAAGCCCACCGAGAACUGGUCGCGCAUCGGUGACAAGUUCUACCGCCGCGUCCAGCUAUAUACCAACCCAUUCGACCCGGACCUUGAGCUUGAGAACUACACCGUCGCCGGCGCUUCCUACAGUGGUGCUGUAGGUAAGCACUGCCCACGUCUUCCCACAGACACCCGUCUGACACAUUAUAGCUCUCCGUCGCGAUGAAACGAAGGUCUACGCUUUCCGCGGGAACCAGGCCGCGAAAUCCACCAUCGACAUCUACAGUUGCGCCGGCAAGCUGAUCCGCCAGAUCAAUUGGGACAGAGGCGUAAUAAAAGCAUUCGGGUGGUCCGAAGAUGAGAAGCUGCUGGUGGUAACGGACGACGGGAAUGUGCGCGUUUACUCGGAUCUCCAGACCGAUUUCACCCCCUUCUCGUUGGGACAUGGAGCUGAAGAGCAUGGGGUACAGGCAUGCAAGUUCUGGUCAACGGGCUUCGUGGCAUUGCUUGGGAACAACAACAUUGUCGCAGUCACACGCUACGACGAGCCACGCCCUCAGCUAUUGGCACCGUCGCCUCAGGGACAGGUCAUAUCAUGGACCGUCAUCCCACCAGAGUACACGUCAUCGCGGUCGGUAGAGGUGCUGCUGGCCAUCGAUCGGACCGUCUAUGUCGUUGAUGCCGCAGAAUGUGAAGAUCGCGGCUUGGAGGCUGGACCGUUCAGACAUAUCAGCGUCUCACCGAACGGAAAGUUCAUCGCGCUCUACACAGACGAUAGAAAGGUGUGGGUGAUCAGCAGCGAUUUCCAGGAGAGGUUCAGCGAGUAUCAGUCCAAGAUCAAGACACCUCCGAAGGACCUUCAAUGGUGCGGAAAUAAUGCCGUUGUACUUGCAUGGGAAGACGAGAUCCAUUUGCUAGGACCGAACGGAGCCGCAACGAUUUAUGACGACUUCAACUCCUUUGUACAUCUCCUGCCGGAUAUUGACGGUAUCAGAGUGCUGACUACGAGUGUCUGCGAAUUCUUCCACAAAAUCUCGGAAGAUACGACACAAGAAGUGUUCUAUCUCACUUCGGACCACCCCGCCGCAGUUCUCCUGGAUGCUAUUGAUCAUUUGGAGAAGAAGUCGCCGAAAGCCGACGACAAUAUCCAGCUGAUUAGGCCGAAUCUGGACGAUGCAGUCGAUGUCUGCAUCCGAGCCGCAGGUCAGGAAUACGACAUAUACUGGCAGAAACGACUGCUGAAAGCUGCAUCGUUUGGCAAGUCGGUACUCGAUUUGUACAACAGCGAUGACUUUGUCGACAUGACAGAAGUGCUGCGGGUCCUCAACGCCGUGCGAUACUUCGAGAUCGGUCUGCCUCUGUCUUAUGAACAGUACAUCCGUCUCACCCCGGAGCGGCUGGUGCAGCGACUCGUCAAUAGACAAGAGUAUCUUCUCGCUCUCAAGAUUUCAGAAUACUUGCAUCUGGCUGUCGACCGAAUUUACGUUCAUUGGGCACGGCAGAAGGUUCGCAGCUCAAGUACGGACGAGGACAGCAUCUGCGCUGAGAUUGUACGCAAGCUGAAUGGCAAGCGCGGUAUCUCUUUCGAAGAAGUUGCUCGUGCAGCAUACGAUGAAGGGAGAGGCUCGCUUGCCACCGAGCUGCUUGAACACGAGCCGAGAGCCGGCAAGCAAGUCCCUUUACUACUGAGCAUCGGCGAAGAAUCCAUAGCCUUGGACAAAGCCAUCGAAAGCGGCGAUACAGAUCUCGUCUUUUACGUGCUCCUGCAUCUCAAAAAGAAGAUCGCGCUUUCGAGCUUCUUUCGAACCAUCAACAGCAGGCCCGUGGCGACAGCUAUUGUGGAAUCAUCCGCCAUCGACCAAGAUCAGGAACUGCUCAAAGACCUGUACUACCAAGACGACCGCCGCCUCGACGGCGCAAACCUGCUCACGUCCCAAGCUCUAUCUGCCAGCGACAUUGGACCCGCCACAGACAAGCUCAAAAUGGCCGCACAACUCCUCCGAGAUAAUAAGGAAUUCGCGACUCAAGUCUCUGCUAUCCACGACACCCAGAAGCUCCUUCGCUUGCAAGAGACUUUCGAAAAAGAAUUGAAUGAGCGCUAUGUGGGACUCUCUGUCAACGAGACCCUGAGCAGACUGAUGAAAAUUGGCCACAUGAAACGCGCACUGAAAGUACAGAGCGAAUUCAAAGUCCCCGAGAAGACGUUCUGGUGGAUCCGUCUCCGAGCCCUCGUGAGCCGAAGGGAUUGGAAUGAACUGGAAGAAGUUUCCAAAUCGCGAAAAAGUCCCAUCGGUUGGGAGGUAUGUCUCUUCCCUCUCCUUCUCCUCCUCCUCUUUCACGGUUCCUCGACUAAUCUUCAUCCUCUCCGCUCUCUUCUUCUAGCCCUUCUUCAACGAAAUUCUCGGCGCGGGAAACCCGAAAUCCGCCUCCCUCUUCAUCCCCAAAUGCACGAAUCUCUCCCCGUCGGAGAGGAUUGAAAUGUGGGUCAAGUGCGGUCUGGUCGUCAAGGCCGGGGAGGAGGCUCUGAAAGCGAAAGACCGGGCUGCGUUGGAGGAAUUGAGGAGGAAGGCGGCCGGGGGCAAUCAUCAGGUCAUGGUGGAGAUUGAGAGGAUGAUUGCUUUGUUGGCCAAGGGGAGGUGA